UGUGUUGGAGUAUGGUCGCGGUCUCACUGCAUUGUCUAUCUAUUGUAUUUUGCGACCUUUGACCUAUUGGUGUAACUGACCAAUCACAUCCCGACAUCCAGGCAUGUCUCUUUCUCCGUGCUGAGCAUACGACAAGAUGAGGUUGCUGUUUGUGCUUGGUUUGUUGUGCCUCGUGGGGCUUGGCUACUCCCAGGAUUCCGGAGCUAAGCUCCUGGCAUCCAAGAACAUCUUGAAUGAGUGGCUGGUGGAAGGACGUGACCUGACCAUACGCUACAGCAUCUACAAUGUUGGCAGCAGUGCUGCUCUGAACGUUGCCUUGGCUGAUGAAACUUUCCACGAUUCUGACUUCCGUGUCAUCAGUGGCCAGACCCGUGUACAGUGGGAUAGGAUUGCACCUGCCAGUAACGUGACACACACCGUGAUCCUACAACCAAUGAAGUCAGGCUAUUUCAAUUUCUCAUCAGCAACUGUCAUGUACCAACCGUCUGAAGAUGCCGAACCAAUAAUUGGCUACACCAGCUCACCAGGAGAGGAGGGUAUUGUGCCUUUCAAGGACUUUGACAGAAAAUUCUCACCUCACUACGUGGACUGGGGAGCUUUUGCCGUCAUGAUACUGCCCUCUAUUGGCAUCCCAUUUCUAUUAUGGUACCGCAGCAAAUCAAAGUAUGAGAACGCGGCACUGGCAGCCAAGAACAAGAAGCACUAGCAUCCUAUGCAACUCCAGUAGAAUUACCCAUUCCCCUCCCCCUCCUACUCCCCACCCUCCCCCACCCCCACCCCACCCCUGGCCCUUGGCCCGACACAAACUUCCUUUAGUAAACCUUUAACAUAUUGGAUCACCAAGAGGAAUAGCCCUUCGACGAGACAAAAUGACAUCACUGUGUUUUAAUCAUGUGACCCUUUGUAUGGGAGCUAAGUGGAGAUUGUAUCCUCUCGUCCUCACUUGGCUCCCAUAAAAAAAACAUUUAGUACAGUGUGAACAAAGCAUAGCUCAUUUUGUUUCAGGGUUUUUAGAGUGGAGAAGUCAUGGGAUAAACCUUUAGUAGUAGAUUUAGUAUGACAACAUUGAAUGUAGAAAAGUCACAAAUCGGUGUAGUUGACUCUCUUUACUACAAACACUGUUAAUACAAGUUCUGGUUAUAGCAAACAUAAAACUUUGGUCCGGACUGUGCAUUUAUGUGCACAGUGAAUUGGACCAGCACUCCACUUAGUACACAAUUCUGCUAUAACAAACAUUUUGGCUGGGUUUGUAUUAACGAGAGUCGACUGUAUUCACUAUGCAGGAUUUGGCUUUAUUAGAGUAGUCCUAAUCUCGAAAAAUAGAUCAAUAAGUUGAAUUAAUGGCCAGGGGUUAUUUAAAGAUACUACUAAUUUUGAUUAAGACAUUUUCGUUUAGACUACAUUUUUUUUGAUUUCCAUAUUUAUGUUUUCAGAACUGCCUUAUCUACAAAUUUUCAUAUGAAAUUUUACAUUCCUGUUGGUGAUCCAAAGCAUCUUUUUUGUCUAUUCUUCUGGAAUCAGCAUGGAUCAUGCGGAGGAUAUAAUAAAAGAACGAUGUGUUUUAAUAAA